AUUUUUGACUCCAAUUCCGUCCUUAGUUCGUUCUUUUCAUAUGUCUUCAGUUUGUCUGUUUGUUAAUAUUCAACAAUCAGCAGUGAAGCUGUAUUCUCAUUCAGUGAUGCGACAGUUUGAGUGGUUGCUCAAAUUUCUUUUGGGAAUGAUAAGGUUUUUGUUGAUUAUUAACAACCAUGGCAAGGCAAGACUCACGAAGUUUUAUUCAUUUUAUUCGGAAGAACAGCAACAAAAGCUAGUGAGGGAGUGCUAUGCUUUGGUGACCCGACGCGGUGAAGAGAUGUGUAACUUUUUGGAAGCUAGUUUUCCUUUUUUGGAGAAUGAUUUACGAAUAAUUUAUAGACACUACGCUACUCUCUAUUUCGUCUGUGGCGUUGACGCUGUCGAAAGUGAGUUGGGUAUUCUCGAUCUCAUUCAAGUAUUUGUUGAAACACUGGACCGAUGUUUUGAGAACGUCUGCGAACUUGAUAUUAUAUUUCAUCCAGAUAAAGUACACUACGUUCUCGACGAGAUAAUUGUCGGUGGCCUUGUCAUGGAGACGAAUGUAACAGAAAUUUAUAAUGCGGUUCAGUUAGCUAACAAUCAAGAGGCCAGACUUUUACAUGGUAACAAGGCCCUGAACAGAGUAUUUCGCCAGUGACGAGCAGAACACUUUCACUUAUUGCCAAAAUAGGAAA